AUGUCAGAAAGUUCCUCAGGUGUGAACACUCUCAGUGGCAGUUUCCCCAAAUCCCACUCCUCCCAGUACUCUGACCUCGGGGUUACACACACACCUCUCUCUGUGGACCAGAGUCCUGAUUCUGGACUUGUAUCGACACCUCUCCCGUCAAGACGGUUCAGGUUCGUGUCGUGGCAUCGCCUGGAGCAGUGUGAUGUCACGGGUGACCAGCUGACCUGCCCCAGGGUCAGAGAAGGGCCAUCAGAAGAGGAGCUGCUUCAAAGAGAGGAGGAUGACAUCUGUUUGGAGAGAGGGAGGAGAAGUAGGAGGAGAGAGGAGGAAGGACAACGAUGGGAGGAUAGACUGCAAGAGAACUGGGAAAACUGUCUGGAGUUGAAUCUGUCCUACCAGGACUUGGGUGACCCCUUCCAGCAAGACAACUUCCUGCGGAUCCUCCGCCGGUUGAUCCGCGUGGAGAAACUACAACUGGUUGACAACUCCCUCACCAACCUGAGUUCCGUACGUCUGCCAAGGUGCAGAAUGCUAAACCUGCACCGUAACCACCUGGUGUGUCUGCGUCAGCUGCCAAAGCUCCCGGCGGUGGAGCACCUUUGUCUGUCUGAGAAUGCCAUCGGCUCCCUGGGGGGACUGGGGGCCCUGGGGAGCAGCCCUCUACGCUCCCUCAACCUCACCCGCAACCCAGUGACCUUCACUCAGGACUACCGUGCACGUGUUUUCCUCUGUUUGCCAAAGCUCGAGAUCCUGGAUGGCAUCCCAAAGCUGCCAGAAGACUCUCUGCCCACCAGACUACAGUUCCCAGAAACCACCAGGAUGUGCAACAUUUUGUGACAUUCUCUCCAUGGAUGGAUGUGUACGGAGUCAGUUCUCCCGAUCCUAAAACACUUGACGCGGUGACGAGGCUUCAGCAAAGUACUGGUCAGCAGACGUUGAAGUCGCACUGAAGGUUUCAUAGAACUGUUCAAGUUAUUCACACAAAGUGUGUCACGUCAGUUGCCGAAAACACACAGACAAUGCAGUCACAGGAAAUGUAAUGGCAAUGUGCUACAACGCCACGCAACAACCU